CUCAAAAUGGAUCGCCUUUCCAUCCUGCUCCUCGUGCUUCUGGGAAUCUCUCGGAUUCAGGCCCGUUACUGUGGUGGGUCCAUGGCAAAGAAGUGCGUACAGCGAAACCGUUGCCGUAUUGGAACGGAAACGGGAAAACCAAUAAUAGAUUUCAGAGGACUUAGUAACGGUAAUCAGGGAUGUGAGUCUGGGCAUACCUGCUGCCCGAUAACAGAAAUAUUACAACAUUCGGUGCAGACAGGCAAUCAACAGAUUCCUCUGGACUGUGGCCACGCGAACCCUCAAGGAGUGAGCUUCACCAUAACCAACGCGGGGGACUUCGCACAGGAUGGCGAACUGCCAUGGAUGGUGGCUGUGAUCGAUGCCAGGAACAGCCAGCCGAUUGGCGGUGGCUCCCUUAUUAAGCCGGAUGUGGUGCUAACAUCCUCGUCGAAGACCUCCGAAAUUCCCGAGAACUACCUCAUUGUGCGGGCUGGCGAAUGGGACUUUCAAAGCACCACUGAGCUGCGACCACAUGUGGACGUUCCGAUCAGGAAGAUCGUUCGGCAUCCCGGUCUCAGUAUGACUAGUGGUGCCAGUAAUGCGGCCCUUCUGUUCCUUGCGAGACCGCUGAAUCUGGAUCACCACAUAAACCUCAUUUGUUUGCCGCCGCCGAAUCGAAACUAUAUCAAUAGCCUUUGCACCGUCAGUGGCUGGGGCAGAAAAACCAUCGCGGACAACUCUUACAUGAAUGUCCUGAAGAAGAUCGAGGUGCCAUUGGUGGAGAAAAGUGAGUGUCAACCGCAACUGCAAAAUGUCGCCGGCAAAGAAUUCUUUCUCGAUAACAGCCUGAUCUGUGCCGGUGGAGAACCUGGAAAGGAUUCGUGCAAAGGCGAUGGAGGUGCCCCUCUGGUCUGCCCACUGCAAAGCGAUCCCAAUCGGUACGAACAGGUGGGAAUCGUCAACUUCGGAUUCGGAUGUGGAGAGCCUAUUCCUGCUAUCUACACUGAUGUUUCCCAAAUUCGCAGCUGGAUUGAUUAUAGUAUCCAAGCAAAUGCAGUCAACUAUUCUCCCGAGUUGGGAAAUGUAAGCCCAUCACCAGCCCAAGUCGGAGAAUCUAUUCCGAAUAAGGGCUAUGGAUUAGGCGGUCUUGCAUAUGAUCCACCUAAUCAAGGAGGAGGAUUCAUUUCGUACUUAGGCGACGGAUAUGAAGCCAAUGGACCUCUUCCAAUCGGAGGACACAUUCAAAAUGAGCGCCAAGGAUACAGUGGCAAUGGAUAUGAUCCAAAUCCUGGAGUCGGAUAUCCUUUAUUUGGUGCAUCAGGUGCCGGAAAUCCAAAUCCAAAUGUGAGGCAAGAAAAUUAUGCACCUAAUCAUGUUGGAGUUGGCAUUAAUAACAACAAUCUUGCUGGCAGAACGAUAAUUGGAGGCGGUGCUAUUGAGAAUCCCAACCAGAUUAAUGUUAUUAAUCCUAAAUUCGGAGAUUCUUUAUUUGGUGCCGGAAAUCAAAAUCCAAAUAUAAGAGUCGGCGCAAAUAACAACGAUCUUGGUGGCAGAACGGUAAUUGGAGGCGGUGCUAUUGAGAAUCCCAACAAUGUUAAUGUUAUUAAUCCUGGAUUCGGAGAUUUUUCAUUUGGUGAAUUAGGCGCCGGAAAUCCAAAUCCAAAUAUGAGGCAAGAAAAUUAUGCACCUAAUCAAGUUGGAGGCGGUGCUAUUGAGAAUCCCAACCAGAUUAAUGUUAUUAAUCCUAAAUUCGGAGAUUCUUUAUUUGGUGCCGGAAAUCAAAAUCCAAAUAUAAGAGUCGGCGCAAAUAACAACGAUCUUGGUGGCAGAGCGGUAAUUGGAGGCGGUGCUAUUGAGAAUCCCAACAAUGUUAAUGUUAUUAAUCCUGAAUUCGGAGAUCCUGCAUUUGGUGUGUUAGGUGCCGGAAAUCAAAAUCCAAAUACGAGAGCCGGCGGAAAAAACAACGAUCUUGGUGGCAGAAGGGGAACUAGAGGCGGUGCUAUUGAGAAUCCCAACAAGAUUAAUGUUAUUAGGCUUGGUGAUUUUCCCACCACAACGACCACGCCAAGUCCACCUGUCACAAUGGAAAUAGUAAAGGCCUAAUCUGAUUAAAUAAUUAUAUCAGAGAGCUUUUA